AUGUACUGGCCAAAGCUUGUACAGUUCGCUCAUGCACCAUCCUCAAAACAAUUCAUCGCUCAGCAUCCAGCUCCAACAAGUUCAAACCACAACCAGUUCCAAUCCAGCAUAACCAAGCUCAAAAACGAUCUCUACACUUCACAUAUUCUACUAAAUAUCUACACAAAAUCACAUCUCCCCCAAAGUUCAAAAGCAAACGUGUCAGGCAAGGAGACAACCCCCAUCUACCACCACGAUCCCACCAACCCGCCCUGGCAGGAUCCUGCCAAGAGCAAGGGAACACUGAGCCACGGAGGGACCAAGGGCAAUAACUGGGGAGGUGCCUCGGGUGGUAGCAAGGGGAACAGCGGCGGAGGUAGCGGCGGGAGUAACAGCGGUGGCGGGACCAAGAAGUAG